AUGUCGACGCAAAGCACGACGGAAUCGGUGCAGGAAUGGCUGCGACUGCGAGCGCUGUCAAGAUAUCUCGCGCCAAACAACAUCACCGCCGACGUCGUCAAUGCGGAAAGAGGUGAACCACUCGCACCUUCCCUAGCCGCCAGCCCGCUCUUGACAGCCAUCACUCAAAAUGGCGCUCUACGGAUGAAUUGCGACCGCGCUUUUGUUUCGCUCAUCGAUUCGUCGACUCAGUACAUCCUCGCCGAAGCCACCAGAACUAUCUCGCUUCGUGACAGCAGUAACUUUGCCAAUCCCCAAGACGCCCUCUUUCUCGGGGUACAGACAUUGGACAAGGAGUACGGCAUCUGCCCACAAUCUGUCGCCAUCUUCACCGAUCCUACCGGUCGCACGGAGGUUGACGGCCACGGAGUCGUCGCGAAUAAGACACGCUAUGUCAUCCGUGACUUGCGGACGCUCGACCAGUACAAGGACUGCCCUUAUGUCGUCGGCUUCCCUCAUAUGGUCUCCUACGCUGAGGUGCCAGUCAAGAGCGCGUCGGGCCACAUGCUUGGAACAUACUGCGUCAUGGACAACAGGAUCAGAGACGACUUCUUCAGCGACACCACUAUCGACAUCUUGAACGACAUUGCGGCUUGUAUCACCGAGCAUCUGGAGCUGCAUGCCGUCAAGCAGGACUCUGGACGAGGUCUGCAGAUGAUGAGGGGUCUUUCGCAGUUCAUUGAGAGCAGGAGAUCGGCCAAGGAGCCGUCAAAAUCAAGGCAGGCUUCUGUCGUCAGUCACAACGGCUCCCUCGACUACUUUGACCAUGUCACUCCUGCCGACUCGACCUCGGUGUCUAGCUCGCCUCUGUCGGAAGGAGGAAGCUUGGACGAUAGUUUAAUGCACAAUACAACUCCACUGACUUCUCCCGACGACCACUUGGCUCUAUCCGGUCCAGAACCUCUCAGCUCACCGUCCGGCCUCCCUAAUACGUCGCUACCACCCACCUCGCCCGCAGUCUCAUCGAUCAAGGACGUUUACUCCAGAGCUGCACAUCUCAUUCGUGCUGCGAUUGAUGUCGAGGGUCUGGUCUUUCUUGGUGGCUCUACUCAGACCUCUAUGCAUGACCUCACACUGUCUCAGACAGCGUCCAAUCACAAGAGUCAUCAGCCAGCGCCAUCUUGCGAAGUUCUCGGUAGCUCCAUCAUUCCCGGAGUCUCCAAACUCGGCUCUCCUGGAGAAAACUUAACAUUACACGACUCUUCUCUCAGAUAUCUGAUCCGUAAAUUUCCUCGAGGCUGCGUCUUCGUUGCUGACACCAAUUAUUGUCCCAACUCUAGCAAAGAGGAGGUCUUCAUCGCUCAAACUUACUCACAACAUACCUCUUCAACUGCCGUCAAGGUACCUAAAGAGCUGCAAGCUCUCAUCCGCAAAGCUCGUUCCCUGGUCUUUCUGCCACUUUGGGACUCGACACAGGAGAAAUUCAUUGUCGGUAUGCUCGGAUGGACAAGUGACCCCACUCGCGUGCUUGCCGAACAAGACAUGACCUGCCUGUCAGCCUUUGGCAACACAUUCAUGACCGAAAUCGCCAGAACAGAGAUGACUCAACUUGCCCGCGCCAAGUCAGACUUCCUAUCCUCCAUCUCGCAUGAGCUCAGAUCACCACUUCACGGUAUACAUGCCGCUGUUGAUCUACUCCUAGAUCCUCAGAACGAGUCCAAGACUGAGUUAGUUGAGAUGAUUCAGAGUUGUUCCUCCACCUUGCUUGACACAUUGAAUCACGUCUUGGACUUCUCAAGGGUCAACAAACUUACCGACGUCGACGCUGAAUCGGAUGCCCUUACCUGUGCAGAAAAGACCGAAGCCAGUCAAAAUGUCUUCGGUGAUAUGAGCGAAGAGUAUCUUUGUGGCCUCGUGCAAGACGUAGUAGAGGGAGUACACUUCGGCCAAGCCUCACGAAAAGCUGCAUAUAACAAGAUGGUGAGUGCGGAUCUGAACAAUCCCACAGGCAACGACUCAUCAUUGGAUACAAUCAUCGACGGCAUCCGCGACACAAUGCCACAGACUUCAGAUGACGCCGUCGCUGUGUACCUUUACAUGGAGAGUCAUGCAGAGUGGUGCAUGAUGCUUCGUGCGGGCGCUUGGAAGCGUCUAGUCAUGAAUCUGUUCGCCAAUGCGCUCAAGUAUACCAAUGAAGGAUUUAUUGAAGUCACGUUGAAGAUGGUCACAUAUCCCGAUAGACCCAAUAAACGGACUGCGCAUCUUAUGGUCAGCGAUACCGGUAUUGGUAUGAGCCCUGAGUUCCUGAGACAGGCGUUUGAACCAUUUGUCCAGGAAAACCCCAUCGCCGACGGCACCGGACUCGGGCUUAGCAUCGUGAAGAAAAUUGUUGACGACCUCCAUGGAACUAUCGAACUGCAGAGUACACAAGGCGUGGGCACUCGCUUUGACGUCUUUGUACCAAUUUCUGACUUUGACGAGUCCAAAAAGUUGACCCACCCCCCUGGAGGAGGGGUGCUUGAUCCUAAAGCUGCGCUCGGAGGGCACACCGUGUGCCUGUUGUCGAAUCUCUUGCCGAUCAACGAGCUGAGCACUUCGACCGCUUCAGUCGACUUGCAAACGCGCCGUAUCACAACGAUGCACGUAUACGUGCGCUCCAUUUCGGAAGGAUGGUUUGGCAUGAAGACGACGGUCUCUGGCUCACUGGAAGAUGUUGAUGCAGAUAUCAUCGUCGCCGAAGAAUCGCAAAUAAUGAGUCUCAUGUCGACGAACCCAGAACUUUCGCAGACACUCAACAAACGCCGAAUCGUCCUCGUGGGAUCGCACUCACACCCGACUGGCAGUGCUUACCAAAUCCCUAAUUCUGUGCGUCUGGCCUACCCGCUUGGUCCGAAAGCGCUGGUGCGUGCUUUAACAGCUAGCUUGAGCCAGACUUUCGAGACACAAUUCCCGCUAGUCAAGCAUCUCAAGCAUACCAUUCCGCUAGGAUCUCCACCACCUUCACAGUAUGUGAAAGCGGCAAGCAACGGAUUGCAGACUUCCACAAAGAUAGCCAAGAAGGUACUCAAGAGCGAGGAAGGUAUUGGCGAGGUAGAUGUCGCAGAUGGACAAGCCCAACAGCACUUCCUCCUCGUUGAUGACAACGCGAUCAACCUGCGCUUGCUGUCAACUUUUAUGAAGAAGCUAGGCUAUACUUCGGAGACCGCCAUCAAUGGACUGGAAGCUUAUGAAAAGUUCAAGGCUAAUCCUAGAUUCACCACUAUCUUGAUGGAUAUCAGUAUGCCUAUUAUGAACGGGUUCGAGUCAAGUCGCGCAAUCAGGGAUCAUGAGGCUUUGCAGCCGAACAUGAAAGCUGCCAGGAUCAUCGCAUUGACUGGCUUGGGCUCUGAGGCUUCGAAACAAGAAGCCAAGAUGAGUGGGAUUGAUGAGUUUUACACGAAGCCUGUCAAGUUUGAUGCGCUCAAGGCGCUCUUGCAAAGAUGA